GACCCGGCCAGUACAUUCGUCUCCCUCGAGCGAGAUCCGGCUCCCCUCCUCCUCCACGUGGGAUUCGCGUGAAUUUCCCGUCGUUUCCCACGGGCUGUGCCGCAAACCAUCAGCUUCGGAGAGGCUCGCUCGCUUUGAGUGAGAUCCAGUUCUUGGGCCGCCAUUGCUGCGGCGCCCGCGUCCGUUCCCAGCAACAGCAGGAGGUCUCUGUACAUGCCCGUCAUCUCCCCCCUUCCUUUCUCGCUCGCGCCAACGCCGGCUGCUCCCGCGGCGUCGCGAAUUCGCCGGAACGGCUUCCCGCACCACCGGCGUCUGCGAGUUGGAACAGAAGCAGGCAUGUGCAGCAACGGUUUUGAUUCAACCAACUGCUUUCGUAUGGAGGAGCUCGAAACAAAUUUGUCCCCAUUUCUCCACAAGCUUUUUAAAGAGUGGGAUGACCGCAAGGCGAGGGGAUUGUUUCACCACGACAUCACUACCUGCGAGACCAAGGUGCUACCUGGAGAACACAAUUUUGUUGCAACAUUGAUAGAAGGGCGUGACCAGAAGAAGCGGCCAACUGAAUUUGGAAUGAACCAAGUCCUCCAGCCAUUUCAUAGUGAGAAGUUCAAUUUCACUAAAGUUAAACCACAGGAGGUGAUCUUCAGGUUCCAAGAAACUGAGAAUGAUUCUGCCCAGUAUUUUGACGGAGCUCCUCCCACUGUUUCAGCUUCUCCUAGCAGCAUUUUAAUCAACGUGAGCCCAAUUGGGUACUGUCAUGUGCUUUUGGUCCCUCGAGUCCAGGAAUGCUUACCGCAAAGGGUUGAUCAAGAGAGCUUCUUACUGGCCAUGUAUGUCGCAAAGGAGGCAAGAAAUCCCUUCUUCAGAGUUGGCUAUAACAGUCUGGGUGCCUUUGCAACAAUCAAUCACCUCCACUUCCAAGCAUACUAUCUGAAAGUGCAAUAUCCAGUCGAAAAGGCACCAACAGAGGAACUAACAGUCGUAGGGAACGGUGUCAGCAUUUCUCAGCUGGUGCAGUACCCAGUAAGCGGCUUUGUAUUUGAAGGAGGAGCGAGCCUGGAGGAUCUGUCACAGGUUGUCUCAAAUGCCUGUAUCUUCUUGCAAGAGAAUAACAGACCUUUCAAUGUUCUUAUCUCUGAAUCUGCCAAGAGAGUAUUCCUUCUACUACAGUGCUAUGCCGAGAAGCAGACUUCUGGAAAGGCGAGCCAGGAAUUUCUCGACAUGAGAAUCAAUCCAGCAGUCUGGGAGCUCAGCGGCCAUCUGGUUCUGAAGAGGAGGAAUGACUACGACGAAGCAUCCGAGGCAACAUUAUGCAGUUUUUUGGUUGAAGCGUCCCUGUCUGGACCAGAGUUCCAGGAGCUGAAGAGGUGCGUCUUGGAGUCCCUGGCCAGUGCAAGUCCUGAAUAGUAGAGAUGAGACCAGUUUUUAGGUGCUGAUCAGUAAUGUUGGGUGUGCUAAGUUGUUUCAGACAUGCUAUCAACUCUGAAAUCGGCAAGGCCUGAGGGCCUCUGAUGAGUCACCCGUUUGUUCCAUAUAUCCGUAAAUGAUAACUUGUACAUUGUCAUUGA